GAAGCGCGCGCUCUCUCCUGUCCAUGCUCCCCAGCAACAGCAUCCUCUGCUGCGGGACUCUUUAAAGUCAAACCCGCUGCGCUGGAUGUUUCCUUCCUGUUGCUAUCAGUCGUGCUUUGCAUUCAUCAAUAAGGGAUUAUUAGCUCCGAUGGAGCAGUGAUGGAGCGGUCCCGUUAGAAGCUGAAGUCUCCACAGUCCACCGGCGGCGGGUCCUGAGUUGCUCCCACCCCGCUGAGAGGGCGCCUCUCCCCGCCUCAGGGAACAUGGGCUGCGGCUUGAGGAAACUGGAAGACCCGGAGGACAGCAGUCCCGGGAAAAUCUACUCCACCCUGAAGAGACCCCAGGUGGAGACCAAGACAGACACCGUGUAUGAUUAUGUCCUGCUGGACUUCAGUUUGGAAGGCAGCCGUCCCACUGUCCAGUAUGUGUCCUCCCUGUCUGAGCUGCCUCAGGCCCUGCAGUCCUUCUACACUCAGGGCUACGUCCUGGCCGCCCUCCACCCCAUCAUCCUGUCCCUGGGCCGGAGCCGCUCGCUGCCCUUCAGCCUGCUCUACCGCGCCGUCCUGGCCCGUCCCAGAUCCAGCAACCAGAUUGCGUCCACGUGCCACAGCGCGCCGGUGCUGAGGGUGGAGGAGUGGCCUUUACCCGGAGACUCGCUAACUAGCGACACGGUGCGGGCGCUGAUUGACAGGGUGAACAGCAGCGCACGAGGAGGGGUUCAGUUCGUUGGCUCCGUCCUGCAGCAGGUGAGCGGCGUCACCAACGGGCGCGUGCACAGCCCCAAAAGAGGCUGCCGCUCCCCGCCUCGUACGCCGCCCCAAACACCACCUGGAGACAGAGAGCAGGAGGAGCACACCUACAGUCCAGACUUGAGUCUGCUGGUCUUCUUCCAUUCCUGGGCCCCAGGCUGCGUUCCUCUGGACUCGUUGGGCUGUCAGUACCACCAGGGGGCGCUUUCUAUGCGGGUCUCCAGAAAGGGCCAAGUGGUCAGUGCGCUGGAGGCCGACUGGCUGGAGCUGACCGCUGCUUACUACCGCAAAGGCUGGACGCUGGUCGACUCCUUCGUGUACUGGGACACACCUAAAGGUGAACCGGUUCCCAGAUCUCUGGAGGGACUGUUUGUGUACGAGGAGCGGAGCACCGCCCCUCCCCCUAACGACACCAUCGUGGUGGAACAGUGGACCGUCAUCGAGGGCUCUGACGUGAAAACGGACUACGGGCCGCUGCUUCACACCCUGGCUGAGUUUGGUUGGCUGCUCACCUGCGUGCUGCCCACCCCCAUCAUUCGACACGACAGCGACGGGAACCUGGCCACAAAGCAGGUGGUGUUCCUGCAGAGACCGGUCAGGACCUCCACAUCCGGAUGUCUAAAGAACCAGACGGUCUCGGCGCACAGCGACGUGUCGAGUCGCUCCGUGAGCCGCGUGGUCAGCAGCUCCGCCCCCACAGAGGAUCUCUCCCCCGCCGCGGGCGGAGGCAUCGGGGGCUUCCCGGUUUUCGGAGGCGGUUACUCCGGCUCCCUGUCCCACCUGGAGGAAGGGGGCUUUGAACAGGAGGAGGGGAAGGCCGAGGUCACCUGCAUGUGAGCAGGAAGGAAGCUGACUCAGCACUUUCUGGGCUGAUUUUAUUAAAGCCAUAAUAUUAAGAAGGAACAAGGAGCUGCAACACUUUAUGACUUAUUUUUGAUCUGACAGCGAAAGAAGGGAAAGCUGCUCCACUGCUCAGACCUGAAUUUCUUCAUCAUCAAAUUUCAUCUCCAUCUUUACUGCUCAGUAUUUCUUACAGAGGUCCUUCAGUCUGGUGCCUGAGACACAAAUAACUGUUCAGAUGUCUUUUACAUGGUACUGCUAAUACGCUGCAGCGGAACUAUUUUUUAGUUUUUAUUUCAGUCCAAGGUAUUCUGUAAUUAAAGUGACUGUUGUGGCUUAAGCAGGGAUUUGACAGAUGUCAGUGCUGUAACGGAUCUAUUGCUGUUGUGAUCCACUUGAAGAUUAGAGAGAAAUGGAGCUGCAAGAGGUUGGGAAAAAAAUCAUUCUUGUUGCAGAAAUGCUGAAGUAUUGGUGCUCUGCUCACGCUUCACAUGAGAAGCCUAAGUUAGACUUUGUACAAGUGUACAUACCAUUGGAACUUUUUACAUUUUCUUCUGAAAGGAUAGAAUUGGGAUGUUGUUGUAGAUCAACACAUUUGUCAAGUGGAUGAACAAUGAACUAGAUUUUUUAGGUUUUUCUGUGUAAAACUUUAAAAGGAAUCAAUUAUUUUCCUUUAACUUCACAGUAAUACGUUGUACUUUGGGUUGAUCUUUUGGAGGACAAAAUAUCCCAAUAAAACACACAAGUACUUGACCUUGUAUUAUUGCAUUACUACAAGGUUUGUAGUCAUAACAUGACACAACUUCUUCUUUUUUUUAAGUUUCAGGAGGUGUGAAUACUUUUGCGAUUCACUUUAAGUUGUUUUUUGUUGGGUUUUUUUUGAGAGAGAGAACAAGUAAAAUGGACUGAUGGGAAGAACCAAUAACUCCAGAUGUCAGUAGUGUCCCAGCUCUUCCUUUUUUUUAGGAACUUCUACAUUCAUUUCUGUCGCUGUUGAUGCUUUUCUUGUGUAAUGUACAUGUGCACUCUUCUUACUGAAGUUGAGAGAGGACGUUUUCAGCAUAUGCUUUUUUUCCCAAUGGUUUUCUCAAGAUGUCAAUUUUCCGUUUUCCACAUAUUCUUUUCCCCCAUGGUUUUCUCACGAUAAGUACAUCUGGAUCAUAUCACAGGAUGACUGGUGUGUGUUAAACCUGAUUUCAUUCUACACUAAGCUCGUCGCCGUUGCAUGGAUUUGAAGCACAAUUCAUUAUUUUGAGAAAACCAUUGGGAAAAGUAUAUGGAGAAAAUGGCCGCUCUUGGCUUGUGUACCGGUACUCUUCUUGUAAUCAAAGAUUAACAGAAUUCCACCUAUCAA